UAGAGCGCAUGCGUUCUUUUACUGUCAACUUUACAGCGCGCGGAACUGUACAAGGAAGGCAUUCGCAGUCAAUACGUUGUCUUUUAGACUCUUCAGUUUUAUCAUUAUUAUUAGGGUAAGGUAACGACACCAUGUGGAACCAAGGCGGAGGAUACGGUGAAUCAAACAGUGGUGGGUACACACAGUCUCCUGGGGGAUUUGCCUCUCCUGCUGCCUCCCAGGGAGGAGAGAAGAAAGGGAGACAACGUGCCCAGCAGAUUGUCCCAUGCACAGUGUCCCAGCUCAUGUCAGCUGCCCAAGCAGAGGAUGUUUUCAAAGUGGGAGAGGUGGAGGUUGCCCAGAUUACUAUCGUGGGCAUAAUCCGAACCACUGACAAAUCCAUGACCAACAUUCAGUACAAAGUUGAUGACAUGACGGGGCCCCCUAUGGAUGUGAAACAGUGGGUGGAUACGGAGGACCCCAGUGUGGACAGCACUGUUAUCCCCCCGGGCACCUAUGUCAAGGUCUCUGGAAACCUGCGCUCAUUCCAGAAUCACAGGUCCGUGGUAGCGUUCAGCGUCAGGCCCCUCGAGGACAUGAAUGAGAUCACCUCACACAUGCUGGAGGUGGUGCAGGCACACAUGCUGCUCAGCAAACCACAGACCAGUAUGGUUGGCGGAGGAGGGGGGAUGAACACUAGUAUGGCGUCAUUGUCUCGACCCGGGGCGGGGGGCAGUAUGGGGGGUGGAUACUCCGGUGGCAGUGACAUGUCUGCCAACGGGCUGAGCCCGAGCCAGAACCAGGUGCUGAGCUUGAUAAGGAGUUGUCCAGACGCACAGGGCAUCAGCACACAGGACUUAAAGCAGAGACUAAGCGGCAUGAGCCUGGCUGUCAUUAAGCAAGCUGUUGAGUUCCUCAGCAACGAAGGGCACAUCUUCUCCACUAUCGAUGAGGAUCACUUUAAGUCAACGGACAAUGACGACUAAAAAUACUGUUAGCACUCAGGCAGACUAUUGCCCGGGACCAUUCACAACCCACUCCGGCUAUGAGGGGACAGUAUAUCUGGGUAGCACCCAAAACCUUCUCAGAACUCAGGAGAUCACAACCCUGACAACAGAACUUAUGGUCAUUUAUAGUGAUGAAUUUUAAAGAAUGUCUAUGUGAGUCUGGUGGUUUCUGUGGAAUUUGAGGCCUUUGACUGUCAUGGCCAGUGUUAAAACAUCCUGUUUCAACUUCCGUUAAUUAUAUUAAAGUAAAAGAGGUUUAAGUCAGUCAAAUGUUCUCACAGUCAAUGUAACGGGGGACUUAAAUGGCAACUUUCAGUUGUGGUUAUCAUGUUAGAUUUGAAGAUGUGUCAAUUUCUUUAGCAUUUAUCUAACCCCUAAACCUUCUGACCUUAGAUCUAAUUCUAACCGGCAUGGUGAAUUCUUCUUACCUGUUACAAGAAAGAAAAUACUUACAUUUGAAUGCCAUCUAGUCAGCAGCAUGUAAAAUGAAACUAUCCAGAAUUGUUUGCCUUUGUCAUUUUGUUUUUGUCUACAGUAAACGUUUUCAGAAACACGUGUCAUCUUUCCAUUA